AUGGACACAAACUGGAUAGUAAGGAAACCGUCGAAUGGGUCGAAGAUAGAGUCUAAGCAGUUUUCUGCAUGUGGACAUGAGUGGAAGAUGGUUUUGUCGAAUAGGAACAGCAAGAUAUAUCUUGCAUUGGAGUAUAUGGGAGGGUCGUAUCACGAGAUGCUUGUGGUGUUUUGGAUUAGUGUCAAUGGGCGAAGAUACGAUGGCCAGUAUCAGUUUUCUAUGUUCAAUGCAGACACAGGAGUGUAUGUUGAAGGCUGUGAUGAGUAUGAGAUCAGAGUGAGGGUGGAUGUAGUGAGUGGGGAAUAUGAUUCGAAGGACUCGACAGGGUAUGUUGGACUGAAGAACCUUGGGGCAACAUGCUACAUCAACUCGUUGAUCCAGACGCUGUUUGGAAUAAGGAAGUUUAGAAAUGACGUGUAUGCACUGAAUCCAAGCGGACGAGUGUUGCAUUUGCAAAGGUUGUUCAAGGCCAUGCAGGAGAGCAGUAAGAUGGUUGACACGACGGAGUUUGUUGUUAAUAAUGCAUGGGUUGAUGAUGUGCAUGUGCAUCAGGACAUCCAUGAGUUUUCGAAGUUUUUCUUUGAUCUGCUUGAGAAAGACAGCGGAAGCAAAGAGUUUAUUGAGAAGCUCAUACAAGGAGAGCAGAUAACCUAUAUCAAUGCAAAGUGCGGAUGUGUCAGAAAGAUCAGGGAGAAGUUUCAGGACAUCCAAGUGGAGAUCAGGGACUUUAUGAACAAGAAGCUGGAUUCCAGCCUGAUUGAGUCAUUGAAGAGAUAUGUGAAGCCUGAGCGAUUGGAGGGAAGCAACAGGUACAGUUGUGAGAAGCACGGGCUUGUUGAUGCGGAGAAGGGGGUGAUGUUUGGAGAGCUGCCUCCUGUGAUUUUUGUGCUGCUGAAGCGGUUCAAUGUUGACUUUGAGAGCGGAAAGGGAUACAAGGUGAAUGACUAUUUUGAGUAUCCGGAUGUAUUGGACAUGAAGCAGUUUGUGGAUAUGCCAAGAGGGACUGUAGAUGAGCAGAGUGUGAGUUGUGUGGAAGAGGCAGAGACGGAGCAUGGCAAUGGAAUGGAUAUAAACCAGUAUGAGCUGUACUCUGUUGUUGUCCACAGGGGAGAUGUUGAGGAAGGGCAUUUCUAUGUGUACCUGAAGCAUGGGGGGGAGUGGCUGAAGUUUAACGAUGGGGUUGUUACAAAGAGCAGAAAGGAGGAAGUGAUGGAGGGGAACUUUGGAGGCGAGCAUCCGUAUAAGGAGAGGAUGCGUGAGUAUUCUGGAUACUACUUGGUGUAUGUGAGGAAGAGCAUGCUUGAGUCUGUUUUGAAUGCAGAGGUUGAGAUUCCUGCAGUGACAGCAGAGGUGCUGGGCAGGAAGCAGAGGAAGGGUUUGAUCAAGUAUAUGACUAUGGAGUGCAUGAGGAACUACCGAGGGAUGGGGUUUUGCAACACCGAGUCGUAUGACUAUCCAUUGAGCGAGCACUUUGAGAUUGAGAUGAAUGAGAAUGAUAGUGUUCGGAUGUUGCAUAACAGUAUUGAGAGGCGGCUGAACAACACCAGAAAGAAGAUAUAUCUGUUUGAAUGUACCCGUAAAGAAGCAUUUGGCGAAGAGAUGGUAGAUAAGCAGACUGGCUGUGAUGGAGAGGGAACGCACGACGAGACAAAGAAGAUAAGGGCAGAUGGCGAGCAAGCUGUGGGAGUUAGCCUAAGAAUGGAAACUAGGCUGGUGAGUGACGGAGCAAUUAAUCCGGAUGCGAAUUAUUUUGUAUAUGCAUGCAGUAAGAAGAUUGAUUUUGACCGUAGCAGAUUAGUUUUUCUCAAGAUUUUCAACAAUCUUCCAUGGUGCGAAGACACAUUACCGACAUCCUUGAGGCUAUGCGCAUGUGUAAGCAUGUCUGGUAGUCUUAAGGAGAACAUGAAUGUGAUAGCUGAAAAGACAGGAAUUGAGGAGUUUGUUGUUUUUAGGGAGGCUGAGUAUGCAUCGCCGUUGAGUAUUUCUGCAAGGAUGGAGGAUCUUCCGCAAGGGGAUGUUCUUGUUGCAGUGCGAAGGGAGCAUAUUUCUGUGUAUAGGGAGUUUAUGAGGGAUUUUUGCAGGCGAGUGUGUGUGAAUGUGCAUUGUGGGAUGCAUGGCUUUACUGUUUUUGUGGAGAAAGGCCUGGCGCUUAGGUCGUUUGAGGAGCGAGUGCAAAAGUUUGUGGGGUCGAAAGACAUGCUCUUGAGCAAAGAGGCUGUAUGCGAGAGUUCUGAUGUGGCAACUACAGGCGAAGAUUAUGCGGUGUCUGAUGUGGUACCCGAGAUGGGGAUCAUGAGGUACCUACAGGAAAAGAAUUCUGUGCGGUGUAUUUUAGGAGAAAACCAGCAAAUUGUGUAUGUGACGUUCUGCGAUAGGGAGAUUGAUUACAAUGUGAUUUCGCAUCUGCAUAUAUUUGUGAUGAAGACGGGUAGCACGUCACUUGAGCUGAUUAAGAGUGUUCUUGUGUCGCACUUUAUGUGUUUUUCGCCUGCAAGAGGGCAUUCGACAAGAGACCUGAGGGUAGUGGAUACGGUGAGGGAUACGCUUUAUCUUAAGUCGUUUGAUGCAUUUGAAGAGUUUACUGCGAAUGGAAUGUGUGUGGUGCAGGUGUUUUCUGGAAAGGCAAUCAAGACAGCAUACUACACUGGGAUGUACAAGGUGAUAGGCUUCCCAUUCUUUUUACACACGGAGGCAAAGACGAUUGGGGAGUUCAGGGCGGCAUACAAGCUGUUUGAAAAGCUGGUGAUGUUUGAUGGGAAGAGCUAUGUUGAUCUUGAGCUUGAGUGGCCGAUGUCGAACUUCAAUGAUGAGUGCUUCUUGCUAAUUAAGAGGCUAUAA